UGCUAUAGCACAUACGUCAUGUGACCAACCUGUUGCCUCAUUUUGAACAAACACAAAACCCAAGAUAAACAUCGCGUGGCUGUUUACUACUAUCUCCCUUCAAAACAUAACCCUUCUUUUCGUUACUACUCUACUAAUUAAUAUUGUCACUAAUGCUACCAUCUUCUCCAUAUCCAAUCUUUAAUGUCGGACCAGCUAGCUGGUUUCGUCAAUUUCUAUUCGCAUAUUAAAAUCAUCAGCAUUGUUAUCAUCCUGUCAUAGAGUCGGCGCGUAUGUGCCCAAAACAAGCUGAAUUAAAUGUUAUUCUUUUUGUAGUUAUUCUUUACAAUAAACAGCCAAUAUCGAGUUAACAUUGAAUCUAUAACUUUCAUAGUAUCCUCGCCGUAUCAAAAUUCUGUUAAACUGAACAUUUCUGAUUCUUUAAUGGGAAGGCCAAGGAAAUAUGCUACAGACGAAGAGCGUCGUGCUGAAGAUGCCUUGAGAGCAAGGGACAGAAGAGAGAGAGAAGCUGUAGAAGAAAGAGAGAAGCGCCUUAGAACAAAUGAGAAAAACAGCUGUAAAGAGAAGACGACAGAAACGUUCUGGCGAGAUUAAGUGAUUACCGGCACAGUUUCCAUACAACCAGAUCUAUUGGACAUCUGCUCCCGCUUAAUACGCUCUGAUCUCUCACUCUUGAGAACUUUGGUGUAAGCAAUGUUGUUGCCAUUGACAUCAGCAAAUACUUCAAGUGAAAACUACUUAAGUUUACUCCUAUGGACUGCAUUUGUCUCAUCUCUAGGACUGAAAAUUUCUUUUUGGACUGCCACAUUACCAGAAGUGUUGCCAAAGUUAUUGACACUCUAUCACCUCUGAUGUACCUCAAGACAUUUCCUUCACGUUAUAACAUUCUGCGACACAGCGUCUUCUGAUUUGGUACAGCCACCGGAUAAGGGCCAUCGCAGAUACAACAAUCCUUCGUUCAACAUUCAUGAUGCCUCGAUCACGAUCUAUGAGUGUUGAGCAACGACGGCAAGAAAGUGUAAGAAGAAUGCGAAGGUUGCGGGCAAGAGAAACGGCAGAGAAGAUUGCAGAACGAAGAACCAAAAACAGAAUCAGAAUGCAACUGAUACGAGCAGCAGAAACUUCUGAAAAGAAAUUUAGACGACAAACCAUAGACAGAAUUAAAAAGCGACAAAAACGGGCAGCUGAAGCUUCACAAGAGACAUCAAAACGUAUCCAACUGAUACAGACAGCAGAAAUAAAUUUGUUGCAGACAGAUAAUUUAAUGGAAGAUCAUUAUGGAAAAACUGAAAAAUUGCAAAAUAAAAUGAUGUAUGUUAUGAAUAACUCUUCUGCAACUGUGCACAUUGCAGAUGAAUCACCUCUUCAACCAUCAGCACCAAAAGUCCAGAAAAGGCAGAUCAAUGAUCAGCAAUUAGAUGAUAAUUGGCAAAUAAAUAUUGUUCCAGCAUCUCAGGUAUCUGCAAAAUCUAUCCAGGAUACUUCUCACACGACAGUCCAGCAACAUUCAAGUGUUGCCGAAACAUCUCAAAUAAAAGUGUCUAAAAGAAAACCUGUGGAAAAAAAUCCACGGAAACAGAUAUUUGUAAUUGCUGAUUAUCAGCGCCAUGUGAUGUCUAACAUUGCUUCGCUGUGGAAGGAUAGAAAACUGUGUGAUGCUAGUAUUAGUAAUGGUUCAUCUGCUGUGAUGGUACAUAAAGUUGUCCUGUUUGCUGUGUGUCCAAAAUUGUUGUCAGUAUUUAGUACAAAUAUCCACUCUCGCAAUUUUCUUGUAAUUAACUUUCCAGAGGAAGUAAGUACACAAGCUUUAAAUGCCUUUGCUGAAUACAUGUACAAUGGAUUAUUAGAUCUUGAUCCAGGUAUUUUACAUCAGUUGAAAAUCAUUGCAAAACAUUUGGACAUGAAAGAAUUUGAACAACUGUGUAAUAGUCGUCUUCCAUAUAAAAUAUCUCAACCAUCUAUUUCAACAUCUACUCUAUUAGGUGACCAUUGCAGCACACAGACCGAACUAUCAGUUCCACCAGUUCAACCACCUCUACCGUCAUCAUCCAUCAUUUCAGUUACAUCUCAGUCUACUCCAUCCAUCACUAUACAAGCAUUUGAUAUUAAACAAGAGCCUUCUGAGACUGAAUUACCAACUGUCUUCAGACAAGAAUCUGAGAUUGGACCACUGAAUAGUAGUACAAAUAACUCUUCUGAAAAUGUUUGCAUGGCUUCUAGUGUGAAAAUUGAACCUGUAGGGCCCGAAGAUGACGAAUAUGGUCACCUGAAUAAAGAUUUUGAUACAUCUACAGUUUCAAAUGAAGCAACAACAAAUAUAAUACGUGGAAUAACAGCUAAAUUAAAAUCUAAUGUAUUUGAAAGUUCUCUAGUUUCUGACUUAUCCCCUGUUUCAUGCAUUGUAGAAAAAAUGUGUUCUCAGUCCAGUCCCAUUAGAGAAGACCCUUCCAAACCACUAAAUCGAACUAUAACAACUCAGUCAAUUGACAACAUUGUGACUUCUGGUAGUAAUGAAGGUGUCUAUCCUGUAGGACUUUUUAAAGCAGGAGGGGACGGUUUACCAUUAUCAUCAACACAAGUUACCAAUGUCAAAAGUAUAAGUUUAUAUAAAACAAAUGACCUUACUUGACACCAUAAAAAUUAAUCUUUUGCAUAUAUAUAUAUCUGACUGAGUAUUUAUAUUUUGAUAAAUAAUCAUAUUUGUAUAUUAAAAAUUUCCAAAAUAA